AUGGCCUCGACUGCGCUGCUGGAGAAGGUGGGCGCCCCCUUCGAACGCCUGGCGCGUCAGCCCAAGGUUGCCCGGUACAUUGCGGCAGUAUCGCAAGCUGGAGACAGUCCCAAAGUGCAGGAGACCCUUGAGAGUCUCAAGCCCUUUGCGCGCCUGAGCUCAAGAAAAACGCCCCUAUGUCAUCCUUGUCCAUUUUUGUUCUUCUUGUUUUUUCAUUUUCUUUCUGCAAGCUGGAUUGUUUUUCCGCAUAUUACGGGACAUCAUGUUCGAACGGUUUGCGCUUGCCAUGUUGGACAUCAAGCGCAGUCUAUCAUUUUAUAUGGAGACUGCCAAGGGUUUAGGACACCCCUCAACGGCCGAAGAGGCGAAGGUUGA